UGGGUUGCUCAACAGUCAAAAGAUGUAAUGAAUGAAUCAAAAUCAAAACUUGUAACCGCAACUAACCAACCAUAACAAAGAAAAUCUCUUUCUUUCUUUCUUUCAGUAAAUACUCCCUUCUAGACUCCAUUGACUUCUUCUUCUUCUUCCUCUUCAACAUUUUACUCCUAUAUAUAUAUAUUACAUUCUGCAAGGAGAACUGCAUUUGGAAACUGCAGUGAUGACAAAUUAUUAUGAGCUAGUGAAAUCUACUUCCUGUGAAGAUUCUUUAAAGAAAAUUGAAGAUGAUAUUCAGUAUGCAAAUUCGCUGGCAGCUUCUAUUCCGAGGUUCAAGAAUGGUACAUGUCUACGGAUGAAAUUGGUGUACAGUAACUUGGCACCAAUACUCCAGCUCCUGCUCCGGUGGAUGGAUUGCUCAUGCACAUGCUUAUUUACAAGUUAUUUCAAUCUCUUCCACAUAGUUGUAUACAAGGUUAUCCCCAAUGGAAAGAAGAAGAUUCCUUCUGAUGGGAGGAAAGCAAGCAUUAGAGAAUUCUAUGCUGUUCUAUUACCAUCUCUCCAGCACCUGCAUGACAGCUCAUCAGAGCAGGAUAGUAGUCAAGACAAACCUCAAGUUUCAAAAAUUAUUGCUGGGAAGAAAGUACAAGAGAAUAAGCAUUUCGAUGCUGAUCUAGAGAAAGAAAAUGAAUGCGGAAUCUGCUUAGAACCAUGCACCAAAGUAGUUUUGCCAAAUUGUUGUCAUGCAAUGUGCAUUAGUUGCUAUCGUGACUGGAACUUAAGGUCCCAGUCCUGCCCAUUUUGCAGGGGAAACCUCAAAAGAGUGAACUCAGGGGAUCUGUGGGUUCUGACAGGCAAUAACGACGUUGUUGACCAGGCAACUCUUUCGAAUGAAGACAUGUUGCGUUUCUAUCUUUACAUAAAUAACCUGCCUAAAGCUAUUCCAGAUGCACUGUUCUUAGUUUAUUACGAAUAUUUGAUAUGAUUUAACUUCUGAAGUAAUUACAAUUAGACGUUUAACAUACCGACCAAAGCCUGUGGAUAGUGUCCGGUAAAGUCCUCUAAUUCCUUCAUUUGUAAUACUUCCAAAGCAUUUCUUGUUAACUUUGUGCUGAAUAACUACAUCCUUGUUGCAAUUUGUAAAA